CGAGGUGGAGGGGCGGUCCCGGUCCCGGUCCCCGUUCCUCCGCCACCAGCCCGGCCAUGCCGUUCCCCGCCGCGCUGCUGUUCCUGGCACUGCUGCUGCCGCCGCUGCCGCUCUCCCGCGCCGCCGAGAGCGAAACCGAAACCGGCGCUCGGGAGCUGCGACUGGAGACGAUCGUAGCCCCUCCCGAGGGCUGCACGGAGCUGUCGGCGACGGGGGACACGGUGCACAUCCACUACACGGGCACCUUGGAGGAUGGUCGGAUCAUCGACUCCUCACUGAGCAGGGACCCUCUCCAGGUGGAGUUGGGCAAGCACCAAGUCAUUCCUGGCCUGGAGCAGAGUCUGCUGGACAUGUGYGUGGGGGAGAAGCGCAGAGCCAUCAUUCCCCCUCAUUUAGCCUACGGCAAGAGGGGCUCCCCUCCCAAUAUCCCAGGUGAUGCWGUGCUGAGGUUCGAGGUGGAGCUGGUGGGGUUGUCCCGAGCCAGUUAUUGGCAGAAAGUGGUGAACGAGGUGGUGCCACUGCUGUGCCUGGGGCUGGUGCCGGCGCUGCUGGGGCUCAUUGGGUUCCACCUGUACCGUAAGGCCAGCAGCCCCAAGCUCUCCAAGAAAAAGCAGAAGGAGGAGAAGAGGAACAAAGCCAAAAAGAAAUAAAAUCAUCUGUGGCUGCCCUGUGGCUGCUUUUCCUGGAGA